GAGAGCCCCGAGGGAGCAGGUGAUCUAACUGCCCGUUGGGGCUGCAGGUUUGUCGGGGCAAAUGGUUCAUCGCCCAUCACCGCGGAAACCAGGGAGUGUGUCAGAACAUACUACUUUACCUGGAGUCGGAGUUUGUGCCCCUUUCUGUGAGAAAUCGGGCUUCGCAUGAUGUUAGGAGGCGCUUCCGCUUCUCUCUUCUUUUGGAGGGAGUCCCUUUUUUGCAGAAGGUGGACGGACGCGCUCCCGGGAAGCAGCCGCCGGGCCGGCUGUAGCGUUAUUUGGCGUCAAACCACGUCUGUAAAUAACCGUCGGCUUUUGGUGGAAGCUUCCGCGCAGAAAUAACUGGUGUCUGGCUUGAAGGCUUCCCAAAAGGUCGCUUUUACGAGGUUCCGAGCCGGGGUUUAACUUUGAGCGCCCGAUUCCUCCUGCCGUGUGCCGCCUCAGAGCCGCCGUCGGGGUUUAUUAUUUUAGCAGAGUCACGAAUGGCGUUUGUGCCCAAAAUAGCCCGGCGAGCCCUGAGCGCCGCCGUCAGCCAGGCGCGGCCUGCGGAGGGAUGGUCUUAAAAUGAGAAGGUGCUGCGAGGGCGUCGGGCUGCCAUGCCUGUUUAAGGGUGUGGGCAUGGCCAGCCCCCGGCCUCCCAGGUACCUCCUCGUCUUCGAUUUCGACGAGACCAUCAUCAAUGAGAACAGCGACGACUCCAUCGUGCGGGCGGCGCCGGGGCAGGCGCUGCCGGAGCAGAUCCGCCAGACCUUCCGCGAGGGCUUCUACAACGAGUACAUGCAGCGCGUCCUGGCGUACAUGGGGGACCAGGGGGUCAAGAUGGGCGACUUCAAGACUGUCUACGAGAACAUCCCCCUGUCCCCUGGCAUGCCGGACCUCUUCCAGUUCCUCUCCAAGAACCACGAGCUCUUUGAGAUCAUCCUCAUCUCUGAUGCCAACAUGUUCGGCAUCGAAUGCAGUCUGAGGGCAGCCGGUUUCUACUCCCUCUUCCGCAAGAUCUUCAGCAACCCGUCCGGCUUCGACAAGAGGGGGUACUUCACCUUGGGGCCCUACCACAGCCACAAGUGCCUUGACUGCCCGGCCAACAUGUGCAAACGCAAAAUCCUGACGGAGUACCUGGCGGAGAGAGCCCAGGAGGAGGUGGAGUUCGAGAGGGUCUUCUAUGUGGGAGAUGGCGCCAAUGACUUCUGCCCUUCCGUGACUUUGACUUCCGCUGACGUGGCUUUCCCGCGGAAGGGCUACCCCAUGCACCGCAUGACCCAAGAGAUGGAGAAGAAGCAGCCUGGAGCCUUCCAGGCCACUGUCGUCCCCUGGGAGUCAGCUGCGGAGGUCGCCCGCCAUCUCCAGGAGCUCCUCAAGAAGAAGUGUUGAGGAUGGUUCGGAAGAGACCUGCUCACUCUAAGCGGUUGGGACAGGAGAAGCCUGGGGGGUGACACGCUGUGCCCCGCGCUCCUCGGGCCCUGCUCCUGGGUCGCUUUCCUGCCUUUCUCCCCAGUGAUUAAAGCACUUUCUCCAGGUCCCCCCUUCUCCGUCCCCUGCGGUGUUGAGCUGAAGCCUUCUCUAUGCAGCUUGGACACCGACUCCACUGGGGGUGUUGGCCAACAGCGCUAACGGUGGUUUUUGUUGUUGGGGGCUUUUCUUCCUCUUUUCUUUUUGACUUCGCAAGAGUAAUUCCUGAAAGACCCGAAGCCGGCCCCCCGUGGGCCGGGCCCUGCACAUGCUUCCGCCAGCCGUCGCCCCCCUCGCCUGCCCGGCCUCCGCUGGCCGCGCCAGGAGCUGCGUCCUGGUGCCUUCAGCCUGGUGCCCGAGGGCUCCCUCGCCUCUUCGUGAGGCCACUGGAAAUUCAAUCCGGGGACUCGGGGCUCCCCGGCUUGUCCUCCACACCCCGCCUGGGGCAGGGCAGCCCCCCCAGCCGCGGAGCCUUGCGAUGGAGCCAGUUGUCCCUUCAGACUUUAUUCUCUGAAAAAAGGUGACGCGAGGGACAGGAAACCUUUCGGAAAGUUGGUACCUUGGAAAAAAACCCUCCUCCGGCCCAUCCCACCCACUCGCCCAGGGCAGGGGCACGGCGGCCGCGUCCCGCUGCGGGGAGGGGGACCUGCCCUUGCCUUCCAGUCCCAUCCUCUGCUUCUGCGCCCAGGGCGAAGUGUCCCCGUGUCGGACAGGUUCCUCCUUGCCCCCAGCCAUUACCGGUGUCUCCUCCUGUUUGCUGGAUCGUAUGGACUGCCUUUUACCCCAGGGGGGGAGGAAUUUCUCUCCCGACCUGGUGGAGGGGUGCCGAGCCUCCCCCGGGAGGUUGGUGCUGUGACGCUUCUGACUUCGGGUCCCCAGAGGCCAAACCCCCCCCGUCCCUGUGCCCCCUUGCCCCGCUGCAGUAUUAAUUACCCCUUCUAAUUGCACGCUGCAGGGGGGACCUACAGUAUUCGCUGCUCUCUGGUGUUGGCUUCUCCCGGAUUUAUCCGCAGCCUUACCGGCCCCUGAGGGCAGCUCGUGAUCCUCCAAAGCGCAGAAACCCCGGCGGCAAACCCGAGCAGUGAGGAAAUAACCAAAGCAGCCCUGAGUUGUUCCUCCUCUAUUUCGUUUCCCUUCUCUCUGUUCUUCCUCCUCCAGACCCCAUUCAACUGUGUGGAACUUAAAGCCAUGGAAUUAAAAAAAAUACAUAUAUAUGUAUAUAGAUAGAAUAUCUAUA